AUCGUCAUUCUGAGCUCAUUAUUUUGAACCCCAUGUCAACACAAGGCAUCGAAAGGUUCCACGCAAUGAUGAUACAGUCGAACAUAUGGAUGAACAUCUAGGGAAUCUAUCAAUUUUCACUCAUUCCGGUAGGCCACUGGGAAAAGGAAAGGUUAGAUAUCUCACAGAACAAGAAUUUCAAGCAGCACAAAUGUACAUCUUGUUGAAUUGUAUAGAAGUAAAACCGUACAUUGACAUUUUUGUUAAUGAGUUACACAUGGCCAAUCCAAAUAUCAAUGAUAAACAAGUUGAUGAGAAACUAGAGCGUGAAUUUGAUAAGUGGUUCAAUAAAUAUGUUCACAAUCCCUCCAACAAUAUAUCAAGCCAGUUUUUAAAGGAUCUAUCAAAGGGUCCAUUAAGAAGUGUUAUGUGCUACAAUAGUUAUGUAGUUAAUGGUUAUAAAUUUCACACUAAAGGUUAUGGUUCGCAUAGGGGUGUACUAGUUGAAAUUAAUGAAGAGGAUGUUGAAGAUGAAGAAGAGCUUGAAUUGGACUCAGAAAGUGAUGAGGAAUGCGAUGAUGUAUAUGAUAGUGAUACUAAUUAG